UUUGGGUUGAAAGUUGUAGCUCUGUAGCCAGAGUUGCUAGCUGCAUUCAUUUGGAAAAUGUUGUGUGUGUCGGUAGUUCGAGGUUUACAGACAUCCUUCGGAGGUCAACCGAUUUUCAGUCAGUUCCACCGUAUUGGUAUAGGGAAAACAUCAACCUUUCGUUGCUUUAAUGCAUUGCCAAAAAGAAGUGGCGUUAAUACUGAUUACGCCUGCUUAUCGUUAACGAAUGAAGAAAAUCUGCUUCAAGCCACCAGAAGGUCACUCCUCAGCAAUGUAGGAAUAAAUAAGGUCCGCUCAUCUUCAGCACACAAGACGUGGCGCUGCUUCAGUUCAUCCUCUGCAAGGAACUCUGACCUAGGACAACUGAUUUACACCGGCAGCUUGGGAAGAGCUGUGCUGGGGGUGAAAUUCUUCUCCUACUCCACCAGCAUGUUCAGCCUGUGUGUGAUGCCCUACCUCAUGCUGCAGACGGGCCUUGGGGCACAGAGCUUGGCCGUACAGGUGGCCACCUGCGGUGUCAUCGGCUUCUUCACUUUCAUGUCCCCGCUGCUCCUCCACCUGGUCACCAAGGGCUACGUGGUCCGUCUGUACCACCGCCCCGACACGGACACAUACACGGCAAUCACCUACAGCGCCCUGUUGGUGGAGAAGAAGACCGUGUUCCACCAGAAGGAGGUCUCGGUGCCGGACGUGAGCAAGAUGUUCACCAGCUUCUAUGCCAACAAGAAGCCCAUGCUGGUCAACCCUUUCCUUUUCACUCUCCCCCAUGACUACAACCACCUCAUGGGAUAUGACAAACCCUUCUCCUUUGAAAUGGAUGAGCUGGACAAGCCAGAUGGAAGUAAAGAAGCCUGAUAGUGUCAAGCUCAGUGUACAUGGAGGGAACCAAGGGGGAUGGGCUACACAGCAAGCAUGGCUCUGUAGCCAGGACUUUUAAACUUUGGGCUGUGACUUUCAAUCUAUUCACCAUGGCACUUUGCCCUGACUUUUGAGUAACACGUUUAAGCCAGUAUUACAUUUUAUCAUGGAUUUGAAGUCAAACAACCACAGUGGUUAGAUUUAAUGCCCUGGUAUAUUGAAAGGAUGCAACACUAUGGAGAGCUACAAUCCAGAGGCUUUAAUACUCAUAUUGACAUACUGUAUUUUGUGUUUCAAAAGCAGGGGGAAAGAAUUUAUCAACCAGAAAAGCGCUUUUCAUUAUGUCAGAUAACAUUGAUUUAACUGGGUAAGUAAGAUAUUAGGUAUUGGAAGGAAACACAAUUAGGCGGUGGAAUGCAACUGAAAAAUCAUUUUAGGUAUUCUUUCCCUUAAAAUGGUUGAUAUUCAUGGGCUUUCCUCAUUUCAUGCAUUUAUUUUGAAACUGGUGAUCAGGGAGUCAAACAUGCCUUCAAAUUGCUAUGUUUAUCUAAAAAGAGGCACAGGGCCAGAGAUGAGGCCAUGCACAUGAUUUAAAGAUCAGUGAAUCUGCAGCGUGGUAUCCAUAUGACAUGGAUACACGAGAAAAUGGUAUAUAGAAUUUAGACUCAUUCAAUUGUAGGAUGGUGUCACAUUAUGAAUGUUCUGUGUAAUUCACUGUUGAGGUAGUCUUUUUCAAAGAAAUUAAAAAAUAUGUGGUAACAUAACCUUUAUUCAGAAUAUGUGCAUAUACGUGCAAUACGUGAAUAUCAGUAAAGACUGGUAUCAGUGUAAUUCAGGGUCAUUUAUUAACUGUCAGCAAUGAAGCAGAUCGUGGAAAAUUUAGGGAGAGAGAGAGACCUUGACUUUGCUUGUUCUGAUGACCUA